GCAAACAAUUGACUGGUGACGAAAAGUAUCUAUACCACAUCGCCAAAAAUAUUUCGAAAGCUCCAAACCGAAGAGAUGGAGUUUCGAAAAUAUUCGAAAUAAAAGUGAGCGAUAAAAAAUUUCCUUUAUCACCCAAAAAGAAUACUUGUAAAUAUUUGGAUCUUAAAAAUGAUACAAAGACAACCAUUAAAGAGCUAUAUUCCUAG